CUCCGGCUGACGCUUCGCGCGUACCCGUAAGUGGCUGCAAAGAUGGCGGCGCACAUCUCCCUCACACAGCUCUCCAGUGGCAAUCCGUUAUAUGAAACGUACUACAAACAGGUUGACCCAACGUACACUGGUAGAGUGGGGCCAGCAGAAGCAGCACUCUUCCUCAAAAAGUCUGCCUUGUCAGAUGUCAUUCUUGGGAAGAUUUGGGACCUGGCUGAUCCUGAUGGGAAAGGUUACUUGGACAAACAGGGUUUCUAUGUUGCUUUGAGGCUAGUGGCCUGUGUGCAAAGUGGGCAUGAAGUUAGUCUGGCCAGUUUAAGUGUUCCAGUGCCACCUCCCAAAUUUAGUGAUACCAGCAGCCCCCUUUUGAUAACCCCUCCUCCUGUUGAAGGUCAUUGGUCAGUUCGGAUAGAAGAGAAAUCCAAGUUUGAUGGAAUAUUCGAUAGUUUAUUGCCAGUGAAUGGCUUACUGUCUGGGGACAAGGUGAAACCGGUACUUAUGAACUCCAAACUACCUCUGGAUAUUUUAGGAAGGGUAUGGGAACUGAGUGACAUAGACAAGGAUGGACACUUGGACAGGGAUGAGUUUGCAGUGGCAAUGCAUCUUGUAUAUAGAGCUUUAGAGAAGGAGCCGGUUCCAACGGUUUUACCACAGUCAUUAAUCCCCCCAUCCAAAAGGAAGAAAACGCCUACAUUUCCCGGUGCUGUACCUGUCCUUCCUGCCAGCCCCCCUCCAAAGGAUAGUCUUCGUUCGACUCCAUCUCACGGCAGCAUGAGCAGCUUAAACAGUGCGGGGAGCUUGUCACCUAAGCAUUCAUCUAAACCCAGUCAGCCUGCAGUAAAUUGGGUGGUUCCUCUGACAGACAAGAUACGUUACGAUGACAUUUUUCUCCAGACUGACUUGGACAUGGAUGGUUAUGUGAGCGGACUUGAAGUUAAAGAUAUAUUCAUGCAGUCUGGACUUCCUCAGAAUAUCUUGGCGCACAUUUGGGCACUUGCUGAUACCAGGCAGAUGGGAAAGCUAAAUAAAGACCAGUUUGCUCUGGCUAUGUACCUCAUUCAGCAGAAAGUCAGCAAAGGAAUCGAUCCACCACAAGUGUUGCAUCCUGAUAUGAUUCCACCAGCAGAAAGGAACACUUCUGUGCAGACCCUGUCUGGUUACAUGACCCCCAUAGGAAAUGACAUGGCAAACUUAACAGAAAUCCGGCGUGACAGUUCCAGUUCUGUCGGUUCUGGAGAUUUCACUGGUGUGAAAGAACUAGAUGACAUCAGCCAGGAGAUAGCCCAGUUACAAAGAGAAAAAUUUGCUUUGGAACAGGACAUCAGAGAGAAGGAAGAGGCCAUUAGACAGAAAAGCACAGAGGUACAGGAACUACAAAAUGAUUUGGACCGUGAGACAUCAACACUACAGGAACUAGAAGCACAAAAGCAGGAUGCACAGGACCGACUGGAAGAAAUGGACCAACAAAAAGCUAAACUAAAAGACAUGCUGAAUGAUGUCAGGCAAAAGUGCCAGGAGGAAGGACAAAUGAUCUCCUCGCUAAAGUUACAGAUUCAGUCCCAAGAAUCCGAUGUACAGGCACAGGAGGAGGAACUUAAUAGGGCCAAAUCAGAGCUAAACAGGUUACAGCAAGAAGAGAGUCAGCUGGAGCAGAGUAUCCAGGCAGGCAAGAUUCAGCUAGAGACCAUUAUAAAGUCAUUGAAAUCAACACAGGAAGAAAUCAAUCAGGCCCGAAGUAAGUUGUCCCAGCUUCAGGAGAGUCAGCAGGAAAUGAACAAGACCAUAGAGCAAUACAACAAUGCACUCAACGGAGAUCACGGCGGAAGUCUGAAUAACUUACCAGAUGCUGAUUCCUAUUCCUCAAACGAGAGGCUGGAGCUUUCCACAGCAGCGGACGAUCCGUUCAAGAACAAAGCUCUUUUGUUUAAUAACAGCAGCAGUCAGGACAUUUAUUCUGAUCCGUUCCAAACCGAGGAUCCCUUCACGGCUGAUCCAUUCAAAGGAACUGAUCCAUUCAAGAGCAAUCCUUUUGGUGAUGAUCCAUUUAAGGAAAGCGACCCAUUUCAUGCUCCUACUUCAGAUGACCCUUUCCAGAAGCCCAGUAAAGGCGACCCUUUUUCUACUGACCCCUUCACUAAGAAUAAUGUCCAUUCGAUGACAUUGCCUUUAAAGUCUGAUCCUUUUGAGAGCAGAGAUCCUUUCUCCUCUUCAACGCUGCCAAAGAAAGAACCAGACCCUUUUGGGACACUGGAUCCUUUUGGAAGUAGUGCUUUCAGCAGCAAUGAAAGUUUUGCAGAUUUUAGCCACAUGUCCAAGCAUCAAACGCCAGAUCCAUUUGCUGCCACUUUCCCAAGUACAGGAUUUUCUGAAGACCCAUUUAAAAGCAAGCAUGAUAUGCCAGCACUGCCACCCAAAAGAAGCGUCCCUCCACGGCCAAAGCCUCCAGGUGGUAAGAAUACUCCGGUCAGUCAGCUGAGUUCAGCACAUUUUCAGAAGUCCAGUGAUCCCUUCCAGCCAUUUGGGACAGAACCAGGAGAUCCUUUUCAGAGCAGAAAGGCGUUUACGGACCCCUUCAGUGGGAAAGACCCAUUUGCCACCUCACAACCAGGGAAGCACUCUAAGGGAACAUCUGCUGGGUUUGCAAACUUUGGCUCUUUUGGGAACGAGGAGCAGCAGCUAGCGUGGGCCAAACGAGAAAGUCAACGGGCAGAGAAGGAAAGACUAGACCGUUUAAAGCGCCAGGAACAAGAAGAUCUGGAGUUAGCAAUUGCUCUCAGCAAAGCAGAAAUGCCCAGCUCUUGAGAACUGCACCCAUACCUCCCUUGUCUAUGUGACAUUAUGCCAACUAUAUGACAACUUUACUCUGAAAAAAAAAAAAAAAAACCUAGAGAGGGAAUGCUGAAUCCACCAUCUGUUUCGACAUCCUAAUUUGUCAACUAGUCUUUCACUGGGAACCAGUGACAUCACUCAUGCACCAUCUAUUGAUGGAAAUAUUACUCCGGACAUAUCUCCACUUAGGAAACUGUUAAAAGCAUCUCAAUGUAUGUCUCAUUUUAUUUGUGUGUAUGUGGACAUAUGUUUUCCUGUUACAUUUUCCCACAACAGAUCCAGAAUGCCAUAAUGCUAGACAUGGUAUCAGAAUAUUAUACUGUAAUAUAAGGGCAGCUAUUUCAGGAGUAGAUGCAAAAUUGGCAGCAUUUCCAAUAAACUGCAAAAAAUGAGAAUCAAAAGGGUUUCCUAAUGUAAAGUCGAGAGAUUUCUGAUAUGAUUCAUUUUUUAUUUAUUGUGUAACUCCAAUAUUCGGCCCUGUGGACUCUCAUACCUAGAUGUGUGUUCUAUAUGUCAUUUGGGUGUUAGUGGUUUAUGAUUUUGAAACCAUGUAUACGAUCUGUUCAUCUGCAAUAAUCCAUACGUUAUCCAUAUUCCACAAUCCCCUAUGGCAUCAGUCUUUGAAAAUGGAUGAUAUAGAUGCUGAAUUAUCUUUUAAAGCCAUGGUACAAGGUGUUGGUGUCACCCUACCUUUUGUGAGUAUUAUUGAUUUUUUUUUUUUUUAAUGCUUACAUUUUAAUACUGGCUUUUUCUCCGUGGGACCAAACUAAGUUUAAAUUUAAGUUAAAAGCCCAGUUCCAGGUCCAUUAUAUAUCCAGCACUGCUUCCAGUUCUAAAUGCGAUGGGAUGCAUUGGCUUUUACAUAUGAGAAGUAGGCAGCCAGCUAAAAGCCGCCGAAGACCGGCAACCACCAGAGAUGAUCUGCCAGACUAUUUCGAUUUUUUUUUUUAACUAUCUCAUUGUGGUUGUGUUCCAACUUUAAGCCUAUAGCAAGUAUUGUCAGUAUGCUAUCCCUAAAAUUAAGCAUUUAUUAUAUAUGUGCACAAUAUGCAGGAUGAGCUGUAGAAAUGAAUUGUAACAUGUUUACUUCAGUGUUUAUUGUCACAUAAGCCUUGUUUUGUUUUUUGUUUUUGUCUUUCUCGGUUUUUGUUGCUGGACAUUUAGUACGUCUGUUUUUAGCCAUGUCUGAAAGCUGUGAAAAAAAUAAUGCAGAUUUUUAAGAGUUAACUGUUCAACACAGGGUUAACAGGUGCCCUUGUAUUCCUCUCUUGUGGUUUUAUAGCUGUGGUCAAGAGAUAUUUGCUUAGAAGUCACAUGCAAACCUCACACCUACAUAUGACUAUUUGUGGGUUCUGUUUUUUUUUUUAAAUAUACGUGUUCUCUCCCCUUUUGGGUAAAAUGAGUUGUUGUUAUUAUGGGUAGCAGAACAGCCUUAAAAUGAUAUGCACAUCCCUUCUGAAUAUGACCUUGUCUUGCAUUUGAAUCAAAUGCAGUAACAAAGCAUUUAUUAUAUGUAAUAUAGAUUUCAUACUACUAGUGCAUGUUGACAUAUGGCUGGGUUUACCGAGCUGUGCAUAUUGUAUUUAUCAGUGAUGGGGAAAGUCUGAGGCACUUUAUUACAUGCGACUAUGAAAACAUAUCAUUAUAUCAUGACGUCAUAUGAAAAUAUAGCACUAACCGUUCAUGUCACAACUACUCGAUUGGGUGAUGCACUUCAGUACACAUGGGAAUGUGCACUGGGGUAGCGUCUUUGCCGGCAUCUGCCAGAAGCCUUCUGCUAAUUCACCCCAUGUUGUCCCCCUUAUCAUACUAUAGCUUUUUACAUGAUUUUAGUCAUUGAAAUCUGUAUACCAUGUGUCAGAUAAAAGACAGAGUAAGAUGUGCCAGAACUUCUAAUUCAACAUCUUUGGUUGAGAAAUCCUCUUGCACAAUGACCUUCAAAAUCACAUGCCAAGUUUUUCCAAUGCUCCCUCUCAUCCUAUCCACAUUACCCCCACUUUACCAGAAUACUAGAAAUCAAAAUAGCUGUUAGGACAAAGGAAGGGAUAAUAAAUGAAAUAUUAAUCCGUUGUGUGUCUAUUGUUUAAUAUAAGAGAAAUGUUAUUGUUUUAAUAUAAUAAAUGAAAAGUUACUUUUUG